CCGGGGCUGUGUACAGCGGUGCUGGGUGGUGGACGGUGACCGGCGCAGAGAUGUGGUGCUGCGUCGCGCUCCUCACGCUUCUGGCCGCCACCUCCGGGGGCGCGUCGCAGCUGGCUGAGGACGAGCAGCUGGUGUACCCGGAGGAGCAGGCUCUCUACCCUCUGGACGUACAGAUCACCUCCAGCUCACAGCAGCUGACAGUCCAGGAGGGUGACAACGUCCGGCUGCCCUGCCAGUGGGAGGGCACAGUUUCUGACGUCGUCGUACUAUGGAAGAAGCUGCCAAGCAUGAUACUGUUCACGGACGUGAUCAAGAUGUCCGUGGACAAUCGAAUAAAGCUGGGCAACAACAACGAGCUCCUGAUCGAAGGUGUCAAAGCUGAGGAUAACGGCACGUACGUGUGCGCGUUGACGCUGUACCCGGACCCGCUGGAGCUGCAUCACACCGUCACCGUGCAGAGACCGGCCAAGCUGCACCCGAUGGACAGGGACCACUUCCAGGUGCCGGAGGGGGACAGCUUCGAGCUGGUGUGCCAGGCGGAUGGCGUACCGCGUCCCACCGUCUCUUGGUCCAAACUGCGUGUUGAGGAUACCGAAGGACCCUAUUUUGACAACGGAGAUUUUCUAGCGACAACUAGUUUACCAGAGGGCGACGACCUGGUGUUUUUGCAGGAGGACUCGUCCCGCGGCGUGGCGUUCACCAUUGACAGAGUGGAGCCACACGACACGGGCACGUACACGUGCACGGCUCAGAACGGGAUUGGUCCGCCGGACGUGCUCACCACGCGGCUCGAGGUGGUCCAUGCGCCGCACAUCUCGGUGGAGCAGGCCGUCGUCCGUACGGCGCGCGGCCUCACGGCAGAGCUGGCCUGCAAGGUGUUCGCCAACCGCGUGCUGAGGUGA